CUGAAACAGUACUGGGUGGGAUUGGUGUUAGAUUCCAGAAAAACCCCCAGGCGGUCUGUGGUGGAACCUGAUGGAUCCCUCAGAAGGGAAGAGAAUGGGGAUGGGGCCAGGUUACCAUGGUUGAUCAUUGUGCAUAGGCACUAGAGGCCAUGCUGGGCAGGCACAGUUGCUGCUGCAGCCUCACAUCCUCAUCUGGACAUGGCUGAGCAGGGCCCCUGGAGCUGGUCCCAAUGUGUUUCCUUCUAUUCUUUUGACAGGAAGCUCCUGGAGAGCCAGUCCCCACCCCCACCCCGCCCCAGUUCUCCCUCUCUCUUCUCCACUAUGGACAGAGCCUCCACUGAGCUGCUGCCUGCCCGCCACAUAUCCAGCUGACAUGGGCACCGCAAGAGCCAUGCAGCUGUGCUGGGUGAUCCUGGGCUUCCUCCUGUUCCGAGGCCACAGCUCCCAGCUCACAACGACCCAGACCUCUAGCUCUCAGGGAGGCCUUGGCAGUCUAAGUCCGACCACAGAGCCAGUUUCUUCCAACCCAGGAUACAUCCCUUCCUCAGAGGUUAACAGCCCAAGCCAUCUGGCCAGCACCGGUACGCCAGGCACAGGUGUCCCCAGCAGUGGAAGAGGCGGAGGCACAAGCGGAGACACAUUUCAAAAUGUUCCCCCCAAUUCAACCACCAUGAGCCUGAGCAUGAGGGAAGAUGCUACCAUCCUGCCCAGCCCCACGUCAGAGACUGUGCUCACUGUGGCUGCAUUUGGUGUUAUCAGCUUCAUUGUCAUCCUGGUGGUUGUUGUGAUUGUCCUAGUCGGUGUGGUCAGCCUGAGAUUCAAGUGUCGGAAGAGCAAGGAGUCUGAAGAUCCCCAGAAACCUGGGAGUUCAGGGCUGCCUGAAAGACACCCUUCCUCCCCCAGCUGCUCCACAGCCAAUGGAGAGAAAGAUCGCAUCACCCUUAUCUCCAUGAAGAACAUCAACAUGAAUAAUGGCAAACAAAGUCUCUCAGCAGAGAAGGUUCUUUAAAAGCAACUUUGGGUCCCCAUGAGUCCAAGGAUGAUGCAGCUGCCCUGUGACUACAAGGAGGAAGAGAUGGAAUUAGUAGAGGCAAUGAACCACAUGUAAAUUAUUUUAUUGUUUCAUGUCUGGUCCCAGAUCUAAAGGACACUAGCAUUGCCCCAGAUCUGGGAGCAAGCUACCAAUAGGGGAGACAGUUUCCUAUAUGGACAACUGCUGUGGAAAUCCUGCCUGCUUCUCCCACCUUCUCAGAGCCACAGGAAAGAGGAGGUGACAGAGCGAGAGCAAGGAAAGUGAUGAGGUGGAUUGAUCCUUUCUACUUUGCAUUAAAAUUAUUUUCUAGCCUGCAGUCUAA